AAAACGCAUUAUAGAAAUAUAGACAGCCAUCAGCGGCAGCGGUACGGAAAUGUAUCUUGUGAAUUGAAUUUGUUAUUUACUUUCAAUUUAUAUUGAUUGAGCUCAAAAUGGGGACAGAAGUAGCAUUAUCGUUCACGGCACUUCGUGCUCAGUUAGAAUCGGAACGGAGCAGCUUGUACAAAAUAGAUGAAAACAUCAAAAAGAUAGUGCAAACGACGGGUCGAUUCUCUAACGAUAGGUUUAAUAACUCAUCUAGUGACUACUUAAAAGGUGGACCGCGUUUAGGGGGUCGAAAUUCAUUCCCUGACUUUAGGCAAAAUGAUGAUUCUUUCGGAAAGAGAAAACAAGAGACCAAAACAGUUUUUAGCAGAUUAUCAGCACGCACAGCAGGCAGUGAUGAUGAAGAGUCUGGAGGCAAACGUCCGCGCGUCAUCUCUCAAGUGUCUCGCGAGCUGCCAACGCGUGCGGCCGUACUGCGCGCGCAGGGCGGCGACGAGCAGGCGCGCACGCGCAACAGGCGGAUCUUUGGCUCGCUGCUUGGGACGCUGCAGAAAUUUAAACAGGAGGAGAUAGUGCUGCAAACUAAGGAAGAUAAAAAGGCACAAGUAGAAAGAAAGAUAGAAGAGCAAGCUCGUGUACAGAAAGAAAAGGAACAGAAGGAAAGAAAGACCCUCUUUGCCGAGAGAGAACACAAAAAGGCCACAAUCAAAGCUCUGGAAGCCAAGAUGGCACGAGUCCAAGAGUUUGAGAAAUGGGAGGGGUCCCAGAAGAGCCUGGGCAACUUUAUACUGACUCGUGCCAAGCCGCAUGUGUACUGGAUACCAAAGAAGAUGACCGACAAGGCCUCAGAGAAGCUGAACUCCAGUAGAAAGUAUCAUGAAAAGUGCAUGGUAAAGAAACGCGCGGAACUGCAAGAGGAGCUGCAACGGAUAGAGCAGCGCUGCCUGCGCGCGCGCGCGCCCCGGGCCAAGGAGAACGAGCCCGGGGCUCCCGGGGCUCCCGGGGCCGGCAGCAAGCGGGACAAGUUCGCCAGCGACGCCGCCCGCGAGGACAAGGACGACAGCGACGCGGAGGAACACCAGGAGACCCGUGACGAGCAGAACGAAGAGCCGCAGGGCAAUGGAGAUGCGGUGAUGAAAGAGGAGCCGGUUACAGAAGAAAGUAAAUUGGACACGACAGAACAGAAUACAACAGUGAAAGCCGAAGAGAAACGAGACGAUUCCCAUAUGUCUGUGGACAGUGACCUAUUUCUACGGCGAAGUGUGGAAGCCCCGCCCGAGGCCACGGAAGAGUCCUGA